AUGGAGGAACCGGAGUCUCCUUCCUCCUCUGCCUCUGGCACUCCGCGACUGCCGCCACUGGCCCUCCACCCCUCCGCCUCUUCCUCCUCCAACCCGGCUGCAGAUGACGGCGACCCAGACAUCUCCCGCGUCGACGACCACGUCUUCCUCGGGGGCGACGCGGCCGCCCGCGACCGCGCGACCCUCCGCCGCCACGGCAUCACUCACGUGCUCAACUGCGCCGGCGCCGCUUGCCCCGACCACUUCCGCGGAGAGCUCGAGUAUAGCACUCUGUGGCUCCGCGACUCCCCCGCCGAGGAUCUCGCCCCUGUGCUGUACGACGCGUUCGACUUCCUCGAGCGGGCGCGCGCUGCUCCCCGGGGCCGCGUGCUUGUCCACUGCCGCCGCGGAGCAUCCAGAUCUGCCGCCCUUGUCGUCGCGUACCUGAUGUGGCGCCGCGCAUUGACCUUUGACCGCGCGCUCCGCGCCGUUCGCGUAGCGCGUCCGUCCGCAGACCCAAACCUCGGCUUCGCCGCUCAGCUCCUCCACUGCCAACGCCGCUUCCUUGCCCUUCCGCCGACAUCUGUCUCCUCUGCAAUCCGUGCAUACCGCAUGGCUCCGCAAUCCCCCUGCGACCCCCUCUACCUCGUCCCCAAAUCGGUCGACCUCUCCACCACCGGUGCAAACAUUCUUGAUUCCCGAGGCGUAUUCAUCAUUCACACGCCUGCUGCCAUCUACGUCUGGCUUGGUCAAGGUUGCGAACCCUCCAUGACCGCCGCCGCGGCUACCUCUGCUCUCCAGCUCGUCCGCUAUGAGCGUGCUGACGGUCCAAUUAUCACAGUGCACGAGGGUUCCGAAUCUGCAGCCUUCUGGGCCUCCUUAAACAAUGACCCUUCGCCUCCUAACACUGAUGAGUUCGUAGGGAAGCGGAGAGUAGAGCUCUAUGAUCUCGACUACGACAUCUUCCGCAGGGCCAUCCCUAGAGCUCGAGGGACACCGCCACUUCCGGCGAAGUCACCGGCGAAGGAGAGUGGUUGGACCCGUUUAAGACGCGAAUUUGCAAUCAAGGGUUUGAAGGAACUAACGAAAGCUGUGUUAGAGCGCAGGGUUUUUGACGACGAGGGCCUGCGGGUAAGCGAUACAAUUCGAUCUCCAGGAUCUUUCUCUAUGGAGUCAAGCGCCACGCCAUCAUCGUCUACUGCCGACACUGCUUCAGUUAUCUCUACCUUCUCGCCAAAUUCCUUCUCUUCUUCUGAUUGGUAUAAUUUGUCACCACCAAGCUCAGAAUUAUAUAGGACGCGCCAAACUGAACUGAACUCGGAUUUGCAAUCAUCUGUUACUGGGAAUGUAAAGUGGAUGGGCUCAAGAACUUUAGUUGAACGUAGACGAGAUAAUGCUCCUCUGGUUCUGUUACCAUCAUCUGCUGAUGCCUCGGGGAGGCUUUCUUCAACAGAAUUAGUAAUGGAUUGGUGCCCAUCUCCUCCAUUUAUUUCAGAAGUGGAAGAAGACCAAGAAGCAUUAGAUAUAGGACAACUCUCUUUGGAUGCUUCAGACCAAGAUGCCUCUGCAGAGGAUGCACCUUCUGGUGCUGAUGAGGAUACUCAAUUAAUUCAUCCAGUUCUUUUCAGGUGGCCUGAUAUGGAUAAAGUGGAGGAUGCGCAUCAUGGAGUUCUUAACUCUGACUCAGUGUUCUUAUUGCUAACAUCAGAAUCAAAAGCAGGUUCUAGGAAGUCAAUGAUAAAAAUGUAUGUUUGGCUAGGAAGAAAUAGUAGGCAUAACAUUCUAGGAGAGGAGGAAGAAAAAGAGACUGCACACGUUGAUAGAAUUGGCACCAAGUUUAUCGAGCUCAUGGGUAUUCCAUUGGAUACUACUAUACAGGUAAUUAGAGAGGGCGAGGAGCCAGAACAGUUCUUAAAUCACUUAUUCUCUUUCCACCAAGCUAAGGAAGGCAUUCAUUGAAGACGCAGAGAAUGUGUAAGUGAGAUCUAACGUUCUUUGCAACCAUUAGCAAUUCAUAAUUCCUGAUGGAAGAUGUGCAUAAUGUUUUUUUUGCGAUUUAAUUCAUUAGGAAAACGGUAUAACAUGGUAAAAAAAUGGUAAACCAGGUAACACCGAAUCCGAGUGACCCGCUUGGUCCCACGGAAGUUUCCCCCGACCGUUAAGGUAAAUUAGGAAAUGCUUGCGGAAAGCUCAGCAGUCCAUGUAUUCUUUGAAGGAAAAAUUCUUAUAAAUACGUCAUAUCUGAGAUUGAAAUGCAAAUACUUGGGUGACAACUUGUCGUCCUUUUGUUAUACUGUUGUCCCAGGGGCAACUGUGUAACAUGGUAAUUAGAACCUCUAGUAUCAUCAGCCAUCACCAUGAUGUGUAUGGAGCUGGGCGUUGGAAAUUAUGGGAAAUAAUAUUUAGGUGAAAAUAGCACUCUAUGGUAAAAGGUACUCUCUCACCCUCUGCUCUCUAGUUUAUUACAACAGUUGUCAUUUUCAUGUUUAUUUUGCAUUUGACUAAUUUGUCACUCCUGUAUUCGUGAGAAUGACAAGUACAAAAGGUUCAAAUGACCAUUUUAAAGAUAAAA